UGUGGUUCGCGAUGUUAAGUAAAGAGAUUGCUCUCCACGGCCUCAUGGCCGCAGUGGCCCUCGUGACAGUUCUACAUACUCGAAACAGACUGCAGCGGGACUUGGAGGACAUGCGAUGGCGUCUAACGAUCCACGCUCUCACGGUGCGAGAUACCUACGGGAGUCCAGUGCCACUCCAAAGGUUUGCCGGUCAGGUGAUGCUCAUCGUGAACAUUGCAUCCAAAUGUGGACUCACCUCCUCUCAGUACGAUGGCCUGCGACAACUAAUCGAGGAGUACGAGGACCGCGGCUUGAGCAUCCUGAACUUCCCGUGCAACCAAUUCGGCGGUCAGAUGCCCGAGUCCGAUGGCCAGGAGAUACUGGACCACCUCCGCAAGGAGGGAGCCAAUAUUGGACACCUGUUUGCCAAGAUAGAGGUGAAGGGGGUCCAAGCGGAUCCGCUCUACAAGCUCCUAACUCGCCACCAGCACGAUAUCGAGUGGAAUUUCGUGAAGUUUCUGGUGGAUCGCAGGGGGAAUAUCCACAAGAGAUAUGGCGCUGAGCUGGAGCCCGUUGCCCUGGCCGGUGACAUAGAGCUGCUGCUCGCAGAUGGGUCCGAAUAAAUAACGCAACAUGCGCGUUCCUGCUCACUGGCCUUCAUAA